AAUAGAGAAUGGAGAAUAAGCAUUUUCUUUCCUCUUUCUUAAUAUACUUUGGAAAAUCACAGACUCUUUCUCUCUCUAAAAACUCUCUACCUAAAAGUUCUCUCUCUCUCUCUCUACCACCUUCAUAAUCUGGACUUUGAGGCUGAGGUUCUAGAUUUGUGAUGGAAAAUGGGGUUGAGAUUGUUGAUGGCUUGCACGUUGGAGAGAGGAAAUUUGCGGAAGAUGGUGUUUCGCGGGACAGUGUAGAUGAAACAGUUGUACUUGGUUCUCACGAAUCCAAGGAAACGGAAGGGGAAGGUGUUUUUGAGGAGGUAUUAGACGGGAAGGAGCAUUUAAUAGAGCAGAGUCCGAAAUAUGGUUCGGUGAAUGGCGGUGUCGUGGAUGAAGAAAUCCGUGAUUUUGCAUCUGGAGUAACUUCCCACCAUCCUAAUGCUUCUCAUGAUGAAGAGAAGUUUGAAGAGGCAAUAGAGGCUUCUAGUGGGGUGAAUGAGAACACGGUGGUGGAGGAGCAAGAUGGGAAUUCUGGGAAGGAGAAGGAAGACUUGGGUGGGAGUGGAAUAUUGAUUGAGAAUGCAGUUGUGGCUUCUAAGAUUGACGAGAGAGGAAUUGGAGACGAAGCAAUGACUUCAGAAUCGAAUGAGAGGAAGGAUAACAAAUUGGAUUUGAGUAGAGAUGAUUUAGGAAAGGAAACAUCAGAGAAUGGUGCCGCUAGCCCAGAGGUUGAAGUGCUGAAGGGUGAGGGUCAGGAUGAUUUGAAAUAUGGUUCGAUGAGUAUGAAGUCUGAAAAUGAAGAUUGUGACGAUUUGAACGUGACUUCACCGUCAAAUGACAAAUUGGUGAGUGAGAGUGCUGAUAUGGUAGGGGGAACUAACCUGGAUUCUACUAGUGAGAUUCUUACUGAAAAUGGGGACAUGGAAUUGAAGGAGAAGAGCUUAGGUACAAUCCAUGAUGAGAAGACUGAGGAGCCAUUAAAUGCACCCGCUGUCCAUGAUUUGGACAAUCAAGAUACUACAAAUGCUGACUUAGGCGGUGAUUCUCUUCAUGUGGAUCUGGAACUGCCAGAAAAUGAGAAUGAAGAAGAAAUAAGAAAGGCUACUGCUGGUAUUGAUCCUAAGAAUGAGGAUAAUAAAGAUGAAGAAAGCUCUUCAACCUGCCUGACCACCAAAAAUCAGGAUCACAGGAUUGAGGAAGUGAAAGAUGCUUCUACUGGGAAAGACUCAGUAGAGCAGUCUAGAGAAUCUCGUGAAUUGAAUGGUACUACUUCUGCUGACCUACAUAAACCUGUGGGUGAAAAUGAAAUUGCUCUGGAGACAGUUAAGGAUAUCUCAGCUUCGGAAAAGAUAGCAGAUGAGAAAAUCGAGAAGAUCCAGGGCAGUGAAAGUGACGUGACCGUGAAGGAAGACAAUACAUCAAGACAUCAGCAUCCUGUUGAUAGUGCCAAUAAUGGCCCCGACACUGGAGAGCUUGAAAAGACAGAGAGCAAAGAUAAGGUUGGACAGGACAAAACUCAAGUGAAUAGGGAUCCAGAAAUUCAACCUGCGUCAAUCAUUACUUCAUCAUCUGGAAAAUCUACAAAUCCCACUCCUCCUGCCCGUCCAGCUGGUCUUGGGCGUGCUGCUCCAUUAUUGGAACCUGCCCCUCGGGUGGUGCAGCCGCCUCGAGUAAAUGGUACUGUGUCCCAUGUUCAAAUGCAACAAAUUGAUGAUCCUGUUAAUGGUGAUGCUGAGGAAAAUGAUGAUACACGUGAGCAACUCCAGAUGAUAAGAGUGAAAUUUUUGCGUCUUGCGCAUAGGCUCGGGCAAACUCCACACAAUGUUGUUGUUGCUCAGGUUCUAUACCGUCUUGGAUUAGCUGAGCAACUUCGAGGAAGAAAUGGAGGUCGAGUUGGUGCCUUUAGCUUCGACCGUGCCAGUGCCAUGGCAGAGCAGCUGGAGGCAGCUGGACAGGAACCGCUUGAUUUCUCUUGUACGAUCAUGGUUCUUGGAAAGACAGGUGUGGGCAAAAGCGCUACCAUCAACUCCAUAUUUGAUGAAGUUAUGUUCAACACUGAUGCUUUUCAAAUGGGUACAAAAAAGGUUCAAGAUGUCGUUGGAACUGUGCAGGGGAUUAGAGUACGGGUCAUUGACACUCCUGGCCUUCUUUCUUCUUGGUCAGAUCAGCGACAAAACGAGAAGAUCCUUCUCUCCGUUAAGCGCUUUAUAAAGAAGACACCUCCAGAUAUUGUUCUGUAUCUUGAUAGACUGGACAUGCAAAGCCGGGAUUUCAGUGACAUGCCUCUCUUGCGUACAAUUACUGAAAUAUUUGGGCCAUCAAUAUGGUUCAAUGCAAUUGUGGUUCUUACUCAUGCGGCAUCUGCUCCACCUGAUGGUCCAAAUGGCACCGCUUCUAGUUAUGAUAUGUUUGUCACUCAGCGUUCUCAUGUUGUGCAGCAAGCUAUACGCCAGGCUGCAGGGGAUAUGCGCCUUAUGAAUCCUGUCUCAUUAGUGGAGAAUCACUCUGCUUGCAGAACAAACAGAGCUGGGCAAAGGGUAUUGCCUAAUGGUCAGGUUUGGAAACCUCAUCUGCUAUUACUCUCAUUUGCAUCAAAGAUUUUGGCCGAAGCUAACACUCUUUUGAAGUUGCAAGACAAUCCUCCUGGAAGGCCAUUUCCUACUCGUUCAAAGUCACCUCCUUUACCUUUCCUUCUCUCUUCCCUUCUCCAAUCCAGACCUCAAGUGAAGCUGCCAGAGGAACAGUUUGCUGAUGACGACGGUCUCGAGGAUGACCUUGAUGAAUCGUCAGAUUCUGAAAAUGAAUCGGAAUAUGAUGAACUGCCCCCUUUUAAACGGUUGACAAAGGCACAGGUAGCAAAGCUCUCCAAAGCACAGAAGAAGGCCUACUUUGACGAGUUGGAAUAUAGGGAAAAACUUUUUAUGAAGAAGCAACUAAGAGAAGAGAAGAAGAGAAGGAAGAUAAUGAAGAAAUUGGCUGCUGAGGCAAAAGAUCAACCCAGCGAGUACAGUGAAAACGUAGAAGAAGAUAGUGGUGGUGCUGCAUCCGUACCAGUUCCCAUGCCAGAUUUGGCAUUACCUGCUUCCUUUGAUUCUGAUAAUCCCACUCACCGGUAUCGUUAUCUUGAUUCCUCUAACCAGUGGUUAAUAAGACCUGUACUCGAAACACAUGGAUGGGAUCAUGAGGUUGGUUAUGAAGGUAUAAAUGCAGAGAAGUUGUUUGUCGUCAAAGACACAAUACCCAUCUCUUUUAGUGGUCAGGUUACAAAGGAUAAGAAGGAUGCGAAUGUUCAAAUAGAGAUGACCAGUUCGAUAAAACAUGGGGAAGCUAAAGCAUCUUCCAUUGGUUUCGAUAUGCAGACUGUUGGGAAGGAUUUGGCCUAUACACUACGUGGUGAGACGACAUUUAUUAAUUUUAGGAAGAACAAGGCAAUUGCCGGUUUGUCGGUUGCUCUAUUAGGCGAUGCUUUAUCUGCAGGAUUCAAAGUUGAAGACAAAUUGAUCGCUAAUAAGCGAUUUCGUUUAGUUGUGACUGGGGGUGCAAUGACUGGUAGGGGAGAUGUAGCUUAUGGUGGCAGUCUAGAGGCUCAAUUGAGAGACAAAGAUUAUCCUUUGGGUCGUUCACUUUCAACUCUUGGGCUCUCUGUUAUGGAUUGGCACGGAGAUCUUGCUAUUGGUUGCAAUAUACAAUCUCAAGUUCCCGUUGGACGAUCAACUAACCUGGUUGCUCGUGUGAAUUUGAAUAACAGGGGGGCAGGGCAAGUCAGCCUUCGGUUAAACAGCUCAGAACAGCUUCAGAUGGCUGUUGUGGGUCUCCUUCCUCUAGUAAGAAAGCUUAUGGGUUGUUAUCAAUAUUGGCAGCAUGGACAAUGAUGAAAUUUAGGUUACAGAUGCAGCUGAAUUUUUGCAAUAUAGGUAAUAACGUUGGUAAUUGGCAGUCAUCUUAUACCGGUUAACUUCGAAUGCAAGUGACUCUGAGCUCUGCUCCUUCCAUCUUUCCCCACCCCCCCAUAAGCAUCCUUCCUCUGUAGUGCUUUUAGGUAUCGUUGUUAGAUAUGAUAUUUGGUAUUUUUGUUCUCAUUGAGCUACUGGUCAAGUUGUGUUUCUUGUUAAAUUAAGUUCUGCUUUUAUGCAAAAUAUAUCUUUGAGUUUGAGUUUCAUUUGCUUUA